AGUAAAGUUAGAAACUGUUUUUUGCAUUAAUAUCUUUUGUAAAAAGUCAAUUUUAACCGAUUUAUAAUUAAAAUAUUUAUACUUAUAAUUAAAAUACAAAAUAUUCAGUGAUUUUUUUUCAAUAAAAAAAACCAACUACUAUAUAAUUUUUCGGAAAGAAAAAUGUUUGAAAUAAUGGAGAAAACAUUUGUCAAAUUCAUUUUCACGAUAAUAGUGGUGAUAUUAUUGUUAUCAGUGAAUUCGUGGGGAAUUCCUAAUGAGAAUGGAGGAAAUAUUGAAACUGUUGGACGUCAAUCACAUCAUUUAAUUGUUGGUUCAAGAUUACCAGGUGAUAGUGAUUUGACGAGGGAUUAUAUUUAUAUACGUCCAGAAUUGAAGAGAAUCAUUACAAUUGAGAGAAUUAUUAAUAUAACGUUUAGUAAUGCAAAAAUUACACAAGUCGCCGCUUAUGAUCAAAAAUCCGAUGGAACUGGUGCUUAUGCUGUUAUUAUCUCCGGUGGUCCUGGAUUUCAACACGUUGGUUUGAGAUUCGUCUCACAAUUGAGUCGUGGCAUCGACUUUGUUGUUGAACUCUUUGGCAAAUAAUUUGAAAAAGAAAAAAUAAAUAAAAAAAAAAAAAUUUAACUAUGCUAAUUAUGCCAAAUUGUCAAUUUUUUCAAAUGUGUUAA